GAUCCGUUUCUGGGAUUUCUUCACGUCUACCGACUUCCAUUUCCAAGGAAGCUUCAGCACAUAUAAGUGUGAACCAAGCGAGCACAUCUUCCUUGCUUUCUUUGAAGCAUUCGAAUGGAUUCUCUUCGUGCUUUGCACUGCUAUUCGAGCCCUGCUUUCUUCCGUCAAUGCCGUGGAAAUCAUCCGCGAAGGCUCUGUUUCUUGAAUCCCGGAGUUUCAUUUCCUCCUCGCAACCCGCGAUUAAAAGAGCAAUCAACUGCAACUGCUCGAAGAAUUGUCUGUGUUGUUUCUUCUACUGAAACAAGACAGGAAGAAAAGGAGGAGAAGAACAAAAUGAAAUCGAAGUUGGGUCAAGGAAAGGUGCACCUUGGCGUUCGGCUAGCUCACCAAGUUGAAUUUGGUGAACUUGUGGUACUUUUCGGGUCAUCAAAAGAAUUGGGUUCAUGGAAAAAGAAGGUGCCUCUGACUUGGACAGAGAAUGGAUGGGUAUGUGAUUUGGAGUUCAAAGGGGGUGAGUCUUUUGAGUUUAAGUUUGUGAUUGUUGGGAAGGACAAGAGUAUGAUUUGGGAAAGUGGGGAUAAUCGGACUUUAAAACUGCCCAGUGGAGGCAAUUGUGGGAUAGUUUGUCGCUGGAACAUGACAGGAGAGGAUUUGGAAUGUUCACCUACAGUUUUGGAAGGGAAUGAGGAAAAGUGGGAGGAUGUGGGUGGUGAUGGGUUGCAAGUUGCUGGUUCUUCUUCCCUUGAGGAGAUGGAGACAAGUCCUUUUGUUGGGCAAUGGCAAGGGAAGGGUGCUUCAUUCAUGCGAUCAAAUGAGCAUCGGAAUAGAGAAACUGAAAGAAAAUGGGACACAUCGGGUCUUGAGGGGCUGGCUCUACAGUUAGUUGAAGGCGAUAAGAAUUCUAGAAAUUGGUGGAGAAAGCUUGAAGUUGUUCGUGAGCUAUUAGUUGGAAGUCCGCAAAGUGAGGAUCGUUUGGAGGCUCUCAUAUAUUCUGCUAUCUAUCUGAAGUGGAUAAACACAGGGCAAAUUCCUUGCUUUGAAGAUGGAGGUCAUCACAGACCAAAUAGGCAUGCUGAGAUUUCCCGGCUUAUAUUCCGUGAACUGGAAAGAAUUUCCUCGAGUAAAGAUACUUCACCUCAGGAAAUACUUGUUAUUCGCAAGAUCCAUCCAUGUUUGCCAUCCUUUAAAGCGGAAUUUACAGCAUCUGUUCCAUUAACUCGAAUUAGAGAUAUUGCACAUCGGAAUGAUUUACCUCAUGACCUCAAGCAAGAAAUCAAGCAUACGAUACAAAACAAGCUUCAUCGUAAUGCUGGCCCAGAAGACUUAGUAGCCACAGAAGCAAUGCUUGCAAGAAUUACGAAAACCCCUGGAGAAUAUGGCGAAGCAUUUAUUGAGCAAUUCAAGAUAUUUCAUCAUGAGCUCAAAGAUUUCUUCAAUGCAGGAAGCCUUGCGGAACAACUUCAAUCAAUUAAAGAGUCGUUGGAUGAACAGGGCCUUUCAGUUCUUGCGUUGUUCCUUGAGUGCAAAAAGAGUCUGGAUGCUUCCGUAAAAACUACCGACAUCUUGGAAAUUAUGAAGACGACAUGUUCUCUGAAUGCUCUGAGAGAGAUGAUUGUAAGGGGUCUUGAAAGUGGACUUAGAAAUGAUGCUUCUGAUUCUGCAAUAGCUAUGCGUCAAAAGUGGCGACUUUGUGAAAUUGGCCUUGAAGACUAUCUGUUCGUUCUAUUAAGCAGAUUCCUAAAUGGUCUAGAAGCAAUUGGAGGGCCUCAGAGUCUUGCAGAGCAUGUGGAAUCAAAUAAUGUAAGCUCUUGGAAUGAUCCGCUUGGGGCCUUAGUUGUUGGUGUUUAUCAGCUGGGUUUGUCGGGUUGGAAGCCAGAAGAAUGCAAUGCUAUUAAAAAUGAGAUUCUUGCAUGGAAAGAAAAAGGCCUCUUUCAAGCAGAAGGAAGUGAAAGUGGAAAGGUAGUAUGGGCAUUAAGGCUCAAAGCUACCCUAGAUAGAGCAAGGAGGCUAACGGAGGAGUAUUCCGAAGAACUUCUUCAAAUAUUUCCUCAACGAGUGCAGGUGCUAGGGAAUGCACUUGGGAUUCCUGAGAACAGUGUGAGGACAUAUGCCGAAGCUGAGAUUCGUGCUGGGGUAAUUUUUCAGGUUUCAAAACUCUGUACCCUUCUUCUGAAAGCUGUAAGAAGUACAAUUGGUUCUCAGGGCUGGGAUGUUCUUGUUCCAGGGACUGCUGUUGGAACACUAAUUCAGGUUGAUAGAAUUGUCCCUGGAUCACUUCCAUCAUCUGUAGAAGGACCUAUUGUUCUUGUGGUCAACAAAGCUGAUGGAGAUGAAGAGGUAACAGCUGCUGGUGGUCACAUAGUGGGAGUUAUACUUCUUCAGGAGUUGCCUCACUUAUCUCAUCUUGGUGUUAGGACCCGUCAAGAGAAGGUAGUCUUUGUGACAUGUGAAGACAACGAUAGAGUUGCUGAUGUACAGAGACUAAGUGGAAAAUGUGUGAGGUUAGAAGCAUCCUCAACAGGGGUGAAUAUAAUUCCAUCAGCAUCAGAAUAUGUAGAAGGCAUUUUUUCCACAAAAGAUCUUUCAGAUAGUUCAUCUUCUGUUGAAGCACCUAAACCACAUAAUCCAUCCUGGCCUCCCAGUAAUGCCCCCUCCAAUCUGGAUGUUUCUGCUGGGAUAGUACUGCUGGCUGAUGCAGAUGUGCUAACUUCAGGAGCAAAGGCUGCUGCAUGUGGGCGUUUAGCUUCUUUGGCAACAGUUUCUGAUAAAGUUUACAGUGACCAGGGAGUGCCAGCUUCGUUUCGUGUCCCUGCGGGUGUGGUUAUACCUUUUGGAUCUAUGGAACAGGCACUAGAGAGAAGCAAAUCCAUGGAUAUAUUCACGUCUUUUCUGAAAAAGAUAGAAACAGCUGGACUGGAAGGUGGUGAACUUGACAAAUUAUGCAGUCAACUCCAAGAGUUGAUCUCUUCCCUUCUACUUCCAAACGACAUCAUUGACAGCAUAGCAAGAAAGUUUCCUGACAAUGCACGCCUUAUCGUGCGUUCAAGUGCUAAUGUAGAGGACUUGGCUGGAAUGUCUGCGGCUGGACUUUAUGAAUCAAUCCCUAACGUUAGCCCUUCAAAUCCAGAGAUUUUUGCAAAAUCUGUGAGCCAAGUGUGGGCUUCACUGUACACUCGUAGAGCAGUUUUAAGCCGUCGAGCUGCUGCUGUGCCUCAGAAGGAUGCUGCAAUGGCAGUUUUGGUUCAAGAAAUGCUUUCACCAGACCUCUCAUUUGUGCUUCACACGCUCAGCCCAACAGACCAUGACAAUAACUCUGUUGAGGCUGAGAUUGCCCCUGGGCUUGGUGAAACCCUAGCUUCAGGCACUCGGGGUACACCCUGGCGUCUUUCUUCCGGAAAGUUUGAUGGGCUUGUGCGAACAUUAGCAUUUGCGAAUUUCAGUGAAGAGUUGCUAGUAUCUGGUUCAGGUCCUGCUGACGGAGAAGUAAUGCGUUUGACAGUAGACUACAGCAAGAAACCGCUUACUGUAGACCCGAUAUUCAGACGCCAGCUUGGUCAGCGCCUGUGUGCUGUUGGUUUUUUCCUAGAGAGGAAAUUUGGCUGUCCACAGGACAUAGAGGGAUGUGUAGUUGGCAAAGACAUCUUUAUAGUCCAGACACGUCCACAACCCCAGUAAAAGCUUCCUGAAUCACUGCUCUUUCAAGAUGAAUGAAUGAACCUUUUUUAAAUGUCAGCAUUAGCUGCAGAUCCAAAUUCGCCCGAAUAUGUUUACACGUUGCCUUCGGCUUGAAGAUGAAUUUCCGCAGUCGUUUCAAAGAGAAUAUAUUGUUGUACGUGCAUUAUAGACUAAAUAUAUAGUCCGAUAGAUUGCUUUAAGCCAGUACUUGUGAGGGAAGCCCCCCUUGGUGCCAUACUUUUUAGUAGAGCUCCGAUGUUUUACUUUGGGUUGUAAAAAUACCAGUGAGCCCUAUUUGGUUAUAAAGAUGGAAAUAAGGCUUAAUGAGGGUACAUCAACUUAA